ACCAAGGCCCAAAAGGCCCAAAAUCCCAAUUUUCUUCUUUUCUCUCAUCUCCUUCAGAUCCCAAAACCGCACCUAUGCUCCUGAUCUCUCUGUUUUCUGAAUUGCAACCUUCCCCUUUCUUUUCAAGCUUCUGUUAUCGAAUUGCUUCACUGCGUUUAAAUCUGUGCCUCCAGGGCAGGAAGAUGAGCUACCUAUUGACGACGCUGACGAAGAAGCAAGAGGUGGAUUCUCUCAUCAGAUCUACCAUCGACAAAGUCCUCGUCCUCCGCUUCGGCCGAGCUUCCGAUUCCGUCUGCCUCCUCCUCGACGACGUCCUCGACAAAACGGCGCGAGAGGUCUCAAAGUUCGCAGCAAUUGCGCUCGUCGAUAUCGAUUCUGAGGACAUUCAAGUCUACGCCAAAUACUUCGACAUCACUCUGAUUCCAUCGACGGUGUUCUUCUUCAAUGCCCACCACAUGAAGAUGGACUCGGGAACAGCGGAUCACACCAAAUGGGUCGGUGCGUUUCAGCAAAAACAGGACUUCAUUGAUGUCGUGGAGGCGAUUUUUAGAGGAGCUAUGAAAGGGAAGCUGAUCGUGAGUUGCCCGUUGCCGCCGGAACGAAUACCUAAAUAUCAGUUGCUGUACAAAGAUGUGUAGGAGUUGCACAACUCAGGAAUUUUGAUCAGGUGUGAAGUCAUUCUUGAUGUUGAAGGUCUCACGGAUCUCUUCAGGUUUCUUUCCCUUGAUCAUGCCCGCCGCAGUUUCGGCAGUCAAAUCCAGCAGGCCCUUGAUGUCGAGAUAAUUUGCAGUCAUCAUUAGGUGAAACAAAGUGCCCUGGUCCAGCUUCGCGAACUCAGCGUCCCAGUCAUUCGGAAUGUCCUUUUUGUUGUCGCCAUUGGUGGCCUUCUUCAGAAUGUCCUCUUUGUUCUCGCCAUCGGUGAAGUUCUUCAGAAUGUCCUCUUUGUCCUCGCCAUCAGUGGCCUCUUCACUGUGCUUCCUGCAGUACUCGAUCACCUUCGCUAGGAUGUAGCUGGUCACGUUCGGCAGAGGUAUUGCGCCAUCAGCACAAUCGUCCUCCAUCAUGUGCUUGAUGGUCUGCGACUGCAUGGCCACAGCCUCCUCCACCUCGAAGAUCUCACCGUCGUCGCUCUUCAGGGUUAUCUUCUUCAUCUCAACGGAGGCCAUUGUUUUGGUCUUUGUAAUAUUAACUAAGACUUUGAGUUGAGAACUUGGAAGAGUUUUUCUUUUUUGGCUAUGGAAGUUGAAGGGUUGAGUUAUUUGAGUUGCAAAGUUAAGAGACUUUGGGGUGAUUUUAUAGCCUACUCCUAACACCUUGUUCUUUUAGGAAUAGGAGAUGAAUGUUUUCUUUUUCUUUUUUUCUCGUAUUAGGAAACAUAUUCUCAUACUAGGAUGGCACCUGUAACAAAUAGGAAUAAUUGUUUUUUUGUGGGUCUGACCUGCAACAGAUAGGAAAGGGAAAGUUCUUAAAAACUUUUCCUGUAACAAAUUGGAAAGGGAAAGGUUUUUUC